AUGACUUCCGCCUUCAUCAACUCUACCUACCCUCUGGGCAUCGUCAAUGCUCCUGUGGCACCCAAUGUCUCCAUCUCCUCCAUCGAUGUUGGGGGCCAGCCUGGAGCAGAGAUUAAGGCUGCCUCCCAGUGCCUCUCAGCCAGCCUGGCUCAUGCCAACCGAAUCCGUGUGGGGACCACCUCUCUGGGCCGACCCAGCCUCUGUCUGCCUCCCAGCUGCAACACUGCUUGCCCCCUGCCAGGGACCUGCCAUAUUCCAGGCAACGUAGGAAGCUGUGGGUUCUCUGGUGAGGGCACCCUGAAUGGCCACGAGAAGGAGACCAUGCAGUUCCUGAAUGAUCGUCUGGCCAACUACCUGGAGAAGGUGCGGCAGCUUGAGCGGGACAAUGCGGAGCUGGAGACCAAGAUCCGCGAGUUUAGCCAAUGCCAGGAGCCUCUUGUGUGUCCCGAUUACCAGUCCUACUUCCGGACCAUUGAGGAGCUUCAGCAGAAGAUCCUGUGCACCAAGGCUGAGAAUGUCAGGCUGGUGACCCAAAUUGACAAUGCCAAGCUGGCUGCUGACGACUUCAGAAUCAAGUUCGAGAGUGAGCACGCCUUGCGUCAGCUGGUGGAGGCCGACAUGUGCGGGAUGCACAAGCUCCUGGACGACAUGACUCUGGCCAAGUCUGACCUGGAAGCCCAGCAGGAGUCCCUGAAGGAGGAGCAGCUUUCCCUCAAGAGCAACCACGAGAAGGAAGUGAACAUUCUGAAGAGCCAGCUGGGAGACAAGCUCCGCAUUGAGCUGGACACCGAGCCCACCGUGGACCUGAACAGGGUGCUGGAGGAGAUGCGGGGCCAGUACGAGGCCAUGGUGGAGACCAACCGCCAGGACGUGGAGCAGUGGUUCCAAGCUCAGUCUGAAGGCAUCAGCCUGCAGGCCAUGUCCUGCUCUGAGGAGCUGCAGUGCUGCCAGUCGGAGAUCCUGGAGCUGAGAUGCACAGUGAACGCCCUGGAGGUUGAGCGCCAAGCCCUUCACACCCUGAAAGACUGUCUGCAGAACUCCCUGUGCGAAUCCGAGGCCCGCUUCGGCACGGAGCUGGCCCAGAUGCAGAGCCUGAUCAGCAACGUGGAGGAACAGCUGUCUGAGAUCAGGGCCGACCUGGAGCGUCAGAACCAGGAGUACCAGGUGCUGCUGGAUGUCAAGACCCGGCUGGAGGGGGAGAUCAACACGUACCGGAACCUCCUGGAGAGUGAAGACUGCAAACUUCCCUGCAACCCAUGCGCCACACCUGCCUCUUGUACCCUUCGUCCGGGCUGUGUCCCCCCUGCCUGUGGAGCCCCCUCAGCUUGUGGCACUAGCUCUGGGAUCCGCUUCUGA